AUGGUACUAAAAUUACCACCUCUUGAAUUUACCGAAGCGCUUACAGAUUCGCCUGAAUUUCGCGAAAAAUUACGCCAACAUGAGAAUGAACUUGAGAACACGUCCAAUGCAAUAAAAACUUUGAUUAAAAAGUUAAAUGAAGUCAUGGUUGCGAAUAAAACUUUAUCAAAAGCAUCACGAAGUGUUGCCGAAACAUUGAAAAGUUUUAAAUUCUUUGUUGUCGGCAGUAAACAAACGGAUGAAGAACGAGAUAUCGAGUCAUCGCUUUCAUACAUGGGUGAAGUUCUGCAUCGAAUCGAAGAAGCAAGAGAUGCAUUAAGUGCAUCAUCGGAAACCUAUUUAAAAAAAUUGGAUGAAUUUCGAAAAACAACCAUUGGAAAAGCCAAAAAUAAGAAAAAAGAAUUUGACAAAACUACUCAACGUUAUUGUGCAAUGAUUGAAAACAAUAUGAAAAUCCCUACUAAACGAUCAGAUUUAUUUCAAGAAGCUGACGCAAAUCUACAAAUUCAAACAAAGAAAUUUCGUGAAGAGACAUUAGAUUACGUAUUUUUAUUGCAACAAGUACAAGAACGGAAGAAAUUUGAUUUUGUUGAAACGCUUUUGGCAUUGAUGCUCAACUUUCUGUCAUUUUACCAUGCAGGACAAGAAAUCUAUAAGGAAUUCGAUUAUUUCAUUCGAUUUUUACACCAUCGUGUGUUAAAAUGCCGAGAAAAUUUUGAUUGUUUUCAACGUGAAGGUGAAGAAUUGAAAUGGAAAAUGCUAAUGAGACCAGAAGAUCAUUUACUACGAAAUCAAGAAUAUAAUCGUGAAGGUUACUUAUUUCUUAUCGAACGAAAUAAAUUGAUUGGUACCACAGCAUUAACCAAGUAUUACUGUCAAUAUCGAAAAGAUAUUGGUCUUUUGCGAAUGAUCAACUUCACACAAACAAGUACAAAACAGUUGAGUCCGUACGAUGUCUUUGUACGUCACUGCGUUGUUCAUCCAGCCGAUGAAAAGCUCGAUAAACGAUUUAUGUUUGAUAUUCACGCUAUUGAGAAAGGUGCAUCAUCAGAUAAAAUGAUUGUAUUUACAUUUCAAUCAAUGAAUGAGGAAGAUCUUGAAGGAUGGGUGUCGGUUAUGGAAGGACAAAUCAAUGUAUCUCGACCACAGAUAUCAUCGAAGAGUGAAAUGCAAAAUGAAUUGGACGAAGCUGGCAUUGAUUUUGUUAAGAAAUGUAUUCAUGUAGUAGAAAAACGGGGUUUACAUGAACAAGGUCUUUAUCGUAUUGUUGGUAUGCAAUCAAAAGUCAAUUCUGUUGUGGCAACUCAUUUUGAUGCGCACAAAACACUGGCACAGAAACUUUCCACACCGAUUGAUGAAGAUCUGGAAUUCAAAACUGUCUGUUCUGCGUUGAAACUCUAUCUACGAACGUUAAAAGAGCCUGUAUUUACAUUUAAAUUACAUAAUCGAUUUAUCGAAGCAGCAAUGGUCGACGACAAAGCAGAACGAAUUCGAACACUUCAUAGUUUAUUGAAAGAACUACCAAAAGCAAACUAUGAUCUUCUACACAUUCUAAUGAUACACUUGAAUAAUGUAUCGAAACAUAAUGAUAAAAAUCUGAUGACACCUGUGAACUUAGGUGUUUGUUUUGGUCCAUCAUUACUUCGACCUGAAGUAGAAACAGUUUCAUCGAUUUAUGAUAUCAAAUUUCGUAAUGCUAUCGUUGAAUUGAUUAUUAUUCACUGUGAGAAAAUGUUCAAAGCGAAACUUGAACAGCAAGAUAUCGAUGAGAUGGUCGGAACGAAUGAAAAUGGCGAACAUGCUGUUGUGAACUUGAGUAAUUCUCUAUCAUCAUUAGCAUCGAUUACUCGACGAGCACCAACAACAGAUGAAAAUUCGGAAAGUGCAGGUGAUUCUCGUCGGCGUGGUUUAUGUAAUCCAGAUUACAAUUCAAAUCUGACUAACAAAAAUCUCUACACACCAGCAGUCGAAGAUAUAACUCGAAAAGAUUCUAGUUCUAGUAGUAGUCUCGAAUCGUUAAGUAAUACAUCAUCUGCCGGUGUUCAUUCAGCGCAAAGUUCCAAUUUGUUCAGUAGUCAAGCGCGCUCGUCAAGUUCGGUAUUAUAUCCAAGACAAAUGUCAGCAGAAAAUCCAAGUCGUUUAUCAAUGACGAACAGUCUCUCGUCAUCGAAAUUCGAACCAAUUAGUAGUACAUCUUCGUCGUUGAGAACAACACCAAUACCACAAACGACGAAUAUGUCAACAAGAAUAUCGAACCGUGGUGUAACUUUGUAUCAAUGUAUAGCAGAUAAUGAUUCGGAAUUAUCGUUUAAUGCCAAUGAAAUUGUUACUCAAGUACGACCAUCAAAAGAACCUGGAUGGGUGACGGGUACAAUCAAUGGGAAAACUGGCUUAAUACCAGAAAAUUACAUCAAUUUUCAUAGUGGUGUGUAA